CCGUUUCUACAAUAUACAAAUCUUCGAAUGAUCUCGCUGUGCAGCAGCGAACGCGAAUUCUGAUGAGGGCAACCAAAGUUGUGGCUUGCAAGAGCACGAUCAGUCGCAUAGUGAAAUGUUUGCUCAUUUUGUACGGCAUCUGGCCGAACAUACCGUGCAUCACGUUCUGCAAAAUAUUUUGGAGCGUCUCGUUCAUAAUUAUUCAAGUUUGGCACUACCAAUACUUACUUGCACAUUUUCAUUCCAAUGAUAUAUUCGACUUGAUGGACUGUCUUGGCACCUUUAUAGGAUACUUUAAGCUGUCCAUCAAGAUCAUUGUCUUCUGGUGGAAUCAACAGAUAUUCAAUCAAAUUUUGAGAGCGAUGGCGGAAGACUGGAAGGAUUGCGCAAACAAUGAUAUCGAAAUGCGCAAAGUAAUCAGCAAAGCAAAGAUAUCGCAUUACGUUAGCAACGCGAUCAUUACCUUACACACAGUAGCAGUUUCUUACGGCAUUAAUAUCAUCCUAACUGACGUCGAUAUUACUGAUCGCACGAUCGAGAUACCGCACAUAAUGCGAAUGGAAUUUCCAUUUGACAUAAAGACACAGAGUAUGUACAAAUUCGUAUUAAUAAUAGAACUGAUACAGCUUCUUAUGAGCAGCUGGGGAAUGGGAGUGAUAAAUGCCUUGCUUGUAGCAUUGGUAAGUUACAUGUGCAAUUGAUAAAAAUAUAUAACUUUCAAUUUCACCGAAAAUGAAUGGAAACAUUGUUGUGCGCGGAACUUCGAGAAUAUGGGCAUGACACGUGCGAACAUUGAAACAGUACAUCUACUUAAUAUCUACUUAAUA